AUGUCGCAGGAUUUCCCAAGAAUCCGGAACAUUGCGCAACUUGGUUCAGCCACUUCCGACAGAGCGAAGCCAGGGGAAUCAUCGAUUUGGUCCUUUUACAGGAAAACGCGGGUCACUUUAGGUGAGGCAGCUCCUCUGGACAAGCUUUACAACUCCUCCUGGGGAUUCGUGCACAAACUCGGACGCUCGUUGUGGACCGAGUCCGAGUUCUCUCGUGGAGGUGUGGCUAUUUUAUUAAACCCAUACUCAACAAUUACGGAAAUGGUUCCGUGGUAUGAGGAUCAAUGGACACAGCAUUGGAUGGAUGUCCGGGUCUGUCUAAUGGGCGAAACAGUUCUUGUUGUAAACGUUUACGCCCCAAGUACCAAGACUGAAAGAGAGGCGCUGUUCUCGAGCCUUCUACUUAUUCUUCAGGGAUACGAAGGACCCAUGUUUGUUGGAGGGGACUUCAACUGUACUUUGGAGCCGCGACUUGACCGUUAUUUUGUCUCGCCGCCAGGAAGACAUGAUUCCUUCGCGCUUCGGCGGCUUCUCGGCCGAGUGCAGCUUAGCGAUGUUCUUGAUGGUGAUCUGGAGAUGGCCGAAUAA